GCACGGUCUGUGACUGUGGAAGAUACCGCAGAGUUGUUGGACAACUGAAUAUCAAUGUUGCUCGUCUUAACACAUCCAUCAAGUUUGUAAAAAACGUUAUAGCAGGUAUCAGGGAGACAGACGAGAAAUUCUAUUACAUCGUGAAAGAAGAGAAGAAUUACAGAGAAGCCUUGAUCCACUGCAGGGACAGAGGAGGAACACUGGCCAUGCCUAAAGAUGGGGCAACCAACGCCCUGAUCGCUGACUACAUCUCUAACAGCGGCCUCUUCCGAGCCUUCAUUGGGCUGAACGACAUGGAAAAAGAAGGACAGUUUGUGUAUGCAGACAACAGCCCACUGCAGAACUACAGUAACUGGAAGGAAGGGGAGCCUCAUGACCCAGCAGGCCGCGAGGACUGUGUGGAAAUGCUCAGCACAGGAGAGUGGAACGACUCUGAGUGCCAAGUCACCAUCUACUUUGUCUGUGAAUUCCUCAAGAAGAGGAAAUAA